UGACCCCAGGAGAGAUGAGCAGAUGUCCCAGCUGGCUCCCACUUGGGGUGUGAGUGAUUUGCAGAGGAUACAGCCCAAAUGAGGAGGUCGAUUUCCUUACCAGAGUGACAAACACAGGGGCUCCUGAGACCGGCCCAUUUCCUUGGGGAAUGAAACACACAAUCUUCAGUUCCUCAGAGAAGUGAAAAUAGCAACUGGGAAUCCAGUCAUUCCUGUUAUCUGCAGGCUCUCUAGAUCAGCCGAGCCUGAGGAGGUGGCUGUGCGCCCACACCCCAAACCCCGCUGUCCUCUGCCACCUCGCCUGGAAGCCAGAGAGGAGCUCGGCAUGUCUCCUCUGCGGGGCCCCCUGCUGCUGAUGCUCUGCGUCAGCGGCACCCUGACUCUGAGGAUCUGCUCCUUCAACGUGAGGUCCUUUGGGGAAGCCAAGAAGGAAAACUGGAAAGCCAUGGAUGUCAUCUUAAAGGUCAUCAAACGCUGUGACAUCAUACUCCUGAUGGAAAUUAAGGACAGCAAUGACAUGAUCUGUCCCAUGCUGAAGGAAAGGCUAAAUGGAAAGUCAAGAAGAAGCAUAACAUACAACUAUGUGAAUAGCCCUCGGCUCGGAAGAAACACGUAUAAAGAACAGUAUGCCUUUUUCUACAAGGAAAAGCUAGUGUCUGUGAAGAAAAGUUUCAUCUACCAUGACUACCAGGCUGGAGAUGUGGAUGUAUUUUCCAGGGAACCGUUUGUGGUUUGGUUCCAGUCACCCCACACUGUGGUCAAGGACUUCGUGAUUGUGCCCCUGCACACCACCCCCGAGACAUCCGUUAAAGAGAUUGAUGAGUUGGCUGAUGUCUACAUGGAUGUGAAACGCCGCUGGGAGGCGGAGAAUUUCAUUUUUAUGGGUGACUUCAAUGCUGGCUGCAGUUAUGUCCGCAAGAAGGCCUGGAGCACCAUCCGCCUGAGGACUGACCCCAGGUUUGUUUGGCUUAUUGGGAACCAAGAGGACACCACAGUCAAGAAGAGCACCCACUGUGCGUAUGACAGGAUCGUGCUUAGAGGACAAGAGAUUGUCAGCUCUGUUGUUCCCAAAUCAAACAGAACCUUUGAUUUCCAGAAAGCUUACGAGUUGACUGAAGAGGAGGCCCUGGAGGUCAGUGACCACUUCCCCGUUGAAUUCAAGCUACAGUCUUCAAGGGCCCUCACCAACAGCAAAAAAUCUGUCUCUCUGAAGAAGAGAAGGAAGUCCAGUCGCUCCUAGAAACACAGUGCCAUUUUAUUAACCAUUUCUUGCCUCCCAAUAAAACAGAUCUAAUGAACCCCUGUGCUCAGGAA